GGCCGCGCCGCGCGUUCCCGGUCCCCGCAGACGCCCGCAGCCCCGGGAGCCGCCGCCAUGGGCCGGGCCCACCCCGCCGCGCGCCGCCCGCACAGCCCGGACCCCGGCGCGCAUCCCGCGCCUCCCCGCCGCCGCGCCCGCGCCCUGGCGCUGCUCGGGGCCCUGCUGGUCGCCGUGGCCGCCGCCGCCGCCGCCCGGGCCUGCGCGCUCCUCGCCGACGCCCAGGCGGCCGCGCGGCAGGAAUCGGCGUUGAAGGCCCUGGGGACAGAUGGCCUCUUUCUUUUUUCCUCCCUGGACACUGACCAGGAUAUGUACAUCAGCCCGGAGGAGUUCAAACCCAUUGCGGAGAAGCUGACAGGGUCUGUUCCUGUGGCCAACUACGAGGAAGAGCAGCUGUCUCAUGACCCCAGUGAGGAGACGCUCACCAUAGAAGCCCGGUUCCAGCCUCUGCUCACAGAGACCAUGACCAAGAGCAAAGAUGGCUUCCUAGGGGUCUCCCGCCUCGCCCUGUCAGGCCUCCGAAACUGGACGACCGCAGCCUCACCCAGCGAGGUGUUUGCCGCCCGCCAUUUCCGGCCCUUCCUGCCCCCUCCAGGUCAGGAGCUGGGCCAGCCCUGGUGGAUCAUCCCUGGCGAGCUGAGCGUCUUCACAGGCUAUUUGUCCAACAACCGCUUCUACCCACCGCCGCCCAAGGGCAAGGAGGUCAUCAUCCACCGGCUGCUGAGUAUGUUUCACCCACGCCCCUUCGUGAAGACGCGCUUUGCCCCUCAGGGCACCGUGGCCUGCCUGACUGCCAUCAGCGACUCCUACUACACAGUGAUGUUCCGGAUCCACGCCGAGUUCCAGCUCAGCGAGCCUCCUGACUUCCCCUUCUGGUUCUCGCCGGGCCAGUUCACCGGCCAUAUCAUCCUAUCCAAGGAUGCUACGCAUGUCCGUGACUUCCGGCUGUUCGUGCCCAAUCACAGGUCCCUGAAUGUGGACAUGGAGUGGCUGUAUGGGGCCAGUGAGACCAGCAACAUGGAGGUGGACAUCGGCUACGUACCCCAGAUGGAGCUGGAGGCUACGGGUCCCUCGGUGCCCUCCGUGAUCCUGGAUGAGGAUGGGAACAUGAUUGACAGCCGACUGCCCUCGGGAGAGCCCCUCCAGUUUGUGUUUGAAGAGAUCAGGUGGCACCAGGAGCUGAGCUGGGAGGAGGCUGCCCGGCGCCUGGAGGUGGCCAUGUACCCCUUCAAGAAGGUGAACUACCUGCCGUUCAUGGAGGCCUUUGACAGAGCCAAGGCCGAAAACAAACUUGUGCAUUCCAUCUUGCUGUGGGGGGCCCUGGACGACCAGUCCUGCUGAGGUUCGGGGCGGACUCUCCGGGAGACUGUCCUGGAAAGCCCGCCCAUCCUCACGCUCCUCAAUGAGAGCUUCAUCAGUACCUGGUCCCUGGUAAAGGAGCUGGAAGACCUGCAGGCCCAGCAGGAGAACCCACUCCACAGGCAGCUGGCCGGCCUGCAUCUGGAGAAGUACAGCUUCCCUGUGGAGAUGAUGAUCUGCUUGCCCAACGGCACUGUGCCCUGCCCUCGCCUUCUGGCUACACUGAAACUGAAGAUGGGAAAGCUGCUCAGAGUUGGAGCCUCACUCUACUGCUCUGAAAAUGGGCACAUUUCCAAAGCUGUUGUGACCCGAUGCCAGUCCCAGUGUGGUGUGGACACGCAUGUGGAGCAGGUCCACCACAUCAACGCCAACUACUUCCUAGACAUCACCUCCAUGAAGCCUGAAGACAAGGAGAACAAUGUCUUCAGCUUCUCCUCGACCUUUGAGGACCCAUCCACGGCCACUUACCUGCAGUUCCUGAGGGAGGGGCUCCGGCGUGGCCUGCCCCUCCUCCAGCCCUAGUGUGCCUAGCGUCCUAGAGAAACGGGACGUGUUGAAAACCUGGCAGACGGAAUCCACACACUGAGGAGGAGCCACAGUGCCCUCUGCCCAUUUCAGACUGGAAGUGGUCCCCACCUCGUUCCCAGGUUGCCUAGAGAGGUCCAAGGUCACCUGAGGCUGCCACCUUCCCUCAGCCUGAGCGAUGGCGGAUAAAUGAGCAGGUCUGCCUGGCUUAUCACGUCAGUGAGGUCAGUGAGCCAAAAGUCUGCUACCACUGUAAGCUCUUCCCUACUCACCUGGCUCCAAAUGCUUCCUCAAGCUCCCCCCACCCCCAGACAGGGUCUGGGUGACCUCCCUGGACCUUUCACAGUGAUCUAUUUCAGUGCCUCAGUGUGAAUGAGUGGGGAAAGACAGACUGCCUCUUCCUUCUUGGUUCCUCUUUCAAGCCAAAGGAACCAAAGAGCUUGGCCCCGGGGGCCGGGAUGCCAGCCCUAUGGCCCUUUGGAGCCUUCUAUCCUGCCAUCCCCCAGGCAGCCUUCUGUGCUCAGUACCCCAGCUGGGGUCAUUGUCAGCUGGAGACACAGCUGGAGCCGGUGCAGAGUCCUUCUACCACAGUAGAGGCCGUACUGCUGCCCUGCAGAGCACUGACAGCUGCCCCAGGCCUGUCUGUGGUGGUGGAGAAGUUCACUGUGAAGUAGGUGCAGUGGGGUUCUAAGAGGAGGUGGGGGGAGAGGAGGUUCUUGCCACCUGUCCUAAGCACAAGUUCAUGGCAGGACUGCUGGAGCCAGCGUCCCCAGGACAACACAGCCUUUCCUAGCCAGCACCGUUUGGGCCCCGGGAUACUCUGCAGCAGCUCCCUCACCACUGGGCCGCCACCUCGGCUACUUUUGGGGCUCGGUCCACAUCUUGAGCCGCUGACCAUGCCAGUCUUUUUUAUGCACACAGGACAGUGUUUUUAUAUGAACUUUCUCACACUUUAUAAUAUUUUUUUAAAAAUCUGAACGCUGAGGAGAAAGAAGGGGGCAGUGGCUUCCCCCAGCAGCAGCCGCAUGAUGGCUGGUUCUGAAAUCUCAAAUGGAUCCAGCCUGAUGUCCUUGCUGUUACACACAGGGGGGAAAUAUGCCCACCUUCCUUCUCUUCCAGCCUUUUACAAGCAGCCCUCCGAGGAUCGGGACUUCCCCAGCUCUAUCCUGUGCUCCACAUUCCUAAGAACGGCUUUGAACUUAACCCCAUCAAGGCCUUGAUGUCAGCCAGUUAGUUCCCCGGGAGCCAGCUCUCUCCCCUGGCCCCACUAGGGCCUCAGUCUUCAGAGGAAGGCAGGUGGACUUUCCCUGAGCCCUGCCUACUCCCCUGCCUGCCUCUGGAGACGCCACAUGGAACCCAAGUCAGUCUCUAGGGGCUCUCUGUGAAGAUCGCACACAUUUUCUAAGUUCUUACAACAAAGUUGGAAAAUUGCCUGUUUUUCAGAUAGACACGCAGGGAAACAAAGUGACUUCCCAGGGUCACUCAGAGGACUAGAGUUGAAAUCCACAUGACUCCAAAGGCUAUGUCUUGGUUUGUUGUUUUGUUUGGGGGUGCUUUGUCUGGUACAGCACCCUGCUCAUUUCCCCCUGUGGUGGGAAGGAAAUCCUUUCAAAUCAUCACGUCUCCUCAUCCUACUGAAUAGAUGAGGUGUCAGUACCACAGCUCUGCCAAAUUCUCUGUCCUGGGAGGCAGUUUUUUCAUAAGCCCUAUAGAGACAGGGGGCGCCUGAGAGCUUUGCAGUGCCUCUGCCAUCUUGUAGGCAUGGUGCAUGUGCCACCCAGCCUCCAAGGGGCCCAGAGUGGACUCCACACUGAGCAACCCUGCCCCUAUGUAAGGUACUGAUUGCCGGGGCUUUCUGCUCUUCAUCCGAUGUCUCUGCACACCCCCAGCUGCCAUUCGUCCCCUGUCCCCAGCACGUCCUGUAAUAAAACCGGAGUCUGAAGUA